AUGUUUGGUCUUCCGACGACUUAUGAGUCAAUCGUCGAGUCGUUUGUCCGACAAUUCCGGCCAAACAAGUCAUGGAAAUGCGAUUACAGUGAAUGCAAUAAGACUUUUGCCACUCAAAGCCGAUUGGAUGCUCACAAACGCCGCAGACAUGCCGUACAAGACAUCACUCCUCGGGAACCGAUUGUUAGCUCAACCGAUGCCAGAGACCAGUCGACGACAGCCGCAGAUGACGGCCAAAAACAGGCAAUGACCACAACAUCUGUCUCACCACUGGUGACCACUUCUAGCCCCGGGAGUCAAUCGCUGGAUAAUAUUAGCGAUGAAGAUUUGGACACUUAUAUGGAAAUCGCGGACACAAUACCGACGGUAAACAUUGGCCAAACACUGCCGCCGAUAAUCAGCACUUCAUUGGCGGACAACAAGCCGUGCCUUAAUUUUAAGGCAAAUACUGGUCACACGUCCGCCGAUAACCCGUUGCCGACUACCGGCCAAACUGUCUUUGAUUUGCCGCCAACUCAUGUGUGCCGUAUCGACGGCUGUGGCCUCGAGUUUGCCAUUGAAUACACACUAAUCGCACACCAGAGGGCUGUCCACAAGACAACGGCUCCCGGCGUUCACUUCGGGUACGACACGAGUGAUGUCGGCGGCGGUAUUGAUAGCGUUGUUAGUUUACGGUCCGGUCGUAAACCCCGUAAACGUAAACCCAAAACGUUUUAUAAGUGCAGCGAAUGUUUGCAAAAGUUUGCCACAAAACCCGAUCUCAAGAAUCACUGGCGGAAUAAAACGGUUCACUCGGCCGGCGGUUCGGCGACGGCUACUGUCGACCACCGGUCGGCCGAGCGAUUCAAACGGCACGGCUGUCCGCACGACGGCUGCGACCAAUCAUUUGCCACUAAAAUGGCGCUUAAAGUUCACCGACGGUACGGCCGUUGGGCCACCGAUAAGCAGUACGGGUGCGACGGCUGUACCAAAUCAUAUAACACCAAACAUAGGCUCGACGAGCAUAGGCUGACUGUCCACUCGUUUAUGGCCACUACAGUAGCCGAUGAUAGACCGGUAGAGCCCACGACUGUCCUACCGGUGCAGUCAACCAUUGACCCAAACAACAGUGAUUCUAACUCUGGUCUCAAAGUGAUGGAUGUGUUGCCGGCGCCCAAAUUCACCGCCCAUACAGUGCCGGUGCGACCGAUCGCUGGACACAAAUCAAAACCUCUCUCAGAUAUAAGUAGUGAUGAAAACAGUUGUCACGAAAUGGACGACAAUCUGCCAAAAGUUGAUCCCAAUAGCUGUCCGUCGGGCGCAUCCGUGCGGCCAAACGUUUGA